AUGACAAAAGGAAAGAAGUCGGCUAUCCAACCAACACUAUUGACUUCUGGUGAAUCUGAAUUGGGCCCGUCAUGGAUUCCACUUUAUGAGAGUCCGGUUGAUUUUAAUGCGGAGCACUUUGAAGCUGCGAUGUUAAAUAUUAUCCGUCAGCCAAACAUCAAUUCUACAGUUAUUAUGAGGGCAGAUAUUCUUAAAGAAAAUGUAUAUGAUCCAGAAAAAGGUGAUACGAUGUUUACGAGUAAAAUGAUUAAUGAAAUUCCUGAAUUUCCAACUAAUGAUGACUCGCCAUUAUUGAUGCGAGAUUUAAGUGAUGUUAAUAUCAGAUCAAUUCCAGAAUCUUCUCAAGUACAUUUUGCCAAAAGAUAUGAAAUAGUUCGAAGAAUCAUUCCUCGAAACCCCUUUAAGGAUUACAUUAUAAAUCAGACUUGUCUAAUGUUCACCAAUAAUAAUGAUUCAAAUUUGGUUGUUUAUAUUCCCCAUAUUAGGUCACACGAAGAAACACCUUACUAUUUACCUCCAGUUUACGGAAUUGGUAUAUAUUAUAACAAAUCAAAAGUAUCUAUUCACUAUUUGCCAUUCGGAUAUGAAGAAGGAGUUGGUAAUAGUCAAGAGAAAUUGUUAAGAUCCAUGUCAGAUCAAGAAAGACCAAUAAGAAUUGCCUUAAAAUUAUUAACCACAGCAUCAAAGCAUUCAAGAGGAACUAAAUUGGGAUAUGAAAAAAGAGUUAAUCAUGAUUUAGUUGUUCCAAAAGUGAAUUUCCAGAAUCAGUACAUCACUUUAAAGAAAAAAUACCUGGAGUAUUUCAUGAGUAAUUGGGGAGAAUCAACCGAUCCAAGAAAGCAUGUGUUUGAAGAUAUAGCAAUUGCCGCAUUCAUGAUAGAAUAUUGGAAAUUGAAUAAUUUUGAACCUGAGAACUUUGAAUUUAGAGAUUUGGGUUGUGGUAAUGGAUUAUUGGUUUAUAUAUUAAUGCAAGAAGGUUAUAAAGGCAAAGGAAUAGAUGCACGUGCUAGGAAAUCAUGGAAAUUGUAUCCAAAAGAUGUUCAAGAGAACUUGUUGGAACAAAUUAUUGUACCAAAUAUUCUUUUGGAGCCACAUCCUUCAGCUGCCAGAUUAAUGAGUGAAGAACAAGUUAUUAAUAACCCAUUGCUAAAAUCGAACCAAAUCUGUACCACUAAUGAUUUCCCAAAAAAUACAUUCAUUAUUGGGAAUCAUUCAGAUGAACUAUCGUGUUGGAUUCCAUUAUUGGGAUUUCCAUUCAUAGUUAUUCCAUGUUGUUCAUUUGGCUUAGAUGGUGUAAGAAAAAGAUACCCACCAAGAAAGAACACUGGUCUGAAAACAGCACCUUCUACAUAUAAAGCAUUAGUCGAUCGUGUUGAAGAUAUUGCUAUACUGAAUGGAUGGAAGGUUGAAAAAGAAAUGCUACGUAUUCCAAGUACAAGAAACGCUGCCAUUAUGAGUUGUAUUAAAAUUCCAACCUUGAUUGCUGAACCAGAAGAAAUUACAAAAUUGCGUACACUUGAUAUAAUUGCAUUAGAAGGUGGAGCCAAUGGCUGGGUUGAAAAUUGUAUCAACUUGAUGAAGAAAGACCCUAGAAGUCAUUAA